AUGUCAACCGAGCCCUCAUCGUCCACUGCGGCGGCAUCGCCCGCCUCUGCCGCACUCCGCCGAUUUGGGCUAGUUGGCAAGACAGCCCUCGUCACGGGCGCCACAAAGGGGAUUGGCAGAGCCAUUGCCGAGGAGCUCGGCAGCUUGGGAGCAGAGGUCUACAUCUGCUCCCGCAACGCGGAUGAGCUCGGCGCAGCGCUGGCCGACCUGCGGGCGCAGGGCAUCGCCGCGCAGGGAUCCGUGGCAGACGUCUCAGAGCGGCGGCAGUGCGAGGAGCUGAUCGUCAGGGUGUCGGCGGCGUUUGGCGGCAAGCUCGACGUGCUGAUCAACAACGUCGGCACCAACAUACGCAAGCCCUGUGUGGAUAUCACCCCCGAUGAUCUUGACUGGGUGUUGACCACCAACCUCCGGUCAGCCUUCCACCUGUCGCAGCUGGCGCACCCCUUGCUCAAGGCGGCCGGCGGCGGCGCGAGCGUGGUGUUCAACUCUUCCGUCGCGGGGGGCCCUCUAGGCAUGUUUUCUGGAACACCAUACGCGAUGACCAAGGCGGCCCUCAACCAGCUGACGAAGAACCUCGCGGUGGAGUGGGCAGCGGACGGGAUAAGGACCAAUGCGGUGGCGCCCUGGUACACGGCGACACCCCUGGCCAACCAGGUCCUGCAGAACGAGGAGUUCCGCUCCAAGGUCUUGGCGCGCACCCCCCUGGGCCGCGUCGCGGAGCCGUCCGAGGUUGCGGCGGUGGUGGCGUUCCUCGUGGGGCCGGCCGCGUCGUACGUCACCGGGCAGACGCUCGCGGUGGACGGCGGCUACUCGGUCAUGGGCCUGUGGCCGAACCUGGGCUAG